CAGCUCAUUCCUCUCUAACACUCCAUCGAGAAGUUCAUCAUGCCUCAAGGAAAGUCCAAGCUCAACGCCGCCAAACAGUCUUCGGGCGGCAAGAAGAAGGUGGCGGACAAGAAGAAGGGGUUGAGGGCGAUCGCACCGAAGAACAAGCAGACGGUCCGACAGGCUACUCAGCACAAGAAAAUGAGCGCCAAGAUCAACAACUCGAUCGAGCAACAGAUGAUUGCCGCCGCAUCAGCUGGAAAGUUGACCAUCAUGCGAGGAGCCGCCGAGGAGGGAUACGAGAACAAGCGACCCAAGGGAGGAAAGAAGUAGAACCCCGGAUGCUCUGGAAAAAACAAUCCUCCCCUCGACAAUCCAUACCAUCACUUAGACGAUCCAGUAUCCGGCCCUUUUCUCGAUGCACCUACCUCUGUAUUCCCUUCCGGACCACGGUUGUAUAACUCGACCUCGAAGGU